CGCACUCGCAGUGUGUGAGUGACCCUCAGAUGCGCCCAGUAUAAUCUCACAUGUAAUAUUUUUUGUUGGGAUAUAAAUUUAAAUUGCGAUAAUGAGUGCAGCUGGGCUCCUGUUUUUUUUCAGGCGCUCAUUUCUUCACCUGGAAUCAAGGAUGCUACAAGCGAUCGGUUUUAGUAAUCGUGAAGUUGUUCCUGCUUUGGCAGUCCAGGGUCCCGGUAUCUUUCCACAGCCACACAGAAAUGAGGAGACCGAGGAGCACAGCUUUCUGGAUAGUAUUUUCUGGAUGGCAGCUCCCAAAAAGAGACGCACCAUUGAGAUCAACCGCUGUCGAAGACGCAACCCACAGAAACUCAUCGAAACAAAGACUAACAUUGAGCCUUGCUCAGAAUGUGGAAAUCUGAAGCAGAAGCACGUCCUUUGUGGCUUCUGCUAUGAAAAGGUUCGGCGUGAGACGGCCAUUAUCCGAGGGCAGAUUCAGGCGCAAGAAGGAAAACCCUUAAACAACCCUGCAGUGGAGACAGUGGUCCUGUACGAAGGGGAAAAGCCUGCAGAUGCUGAUGCAGGCAAGAGGAUCGUGGAGAGGAAGAGGCCCCGUCCCUCCUGGUUUACACAGUACUGAUGUAGUGAUGUAGCCUGUGAAAUACAUUUUUGUAACAACAACCCUGUUCUUCUCAUUAUUUUCCCUCUCUGGGGAUGCGUAUCCUGGCUGACCAGUUGUUACAUUUGUCUAGAGAACCACUUGCUGAAUCUAAUUUUGUUGUGACACAUUUUUGCAAUUAUCAGAUGGAACGUGCCCCGUCUAUAGUAUACAGUGUCAAGCUUACAUUUUUACGGGACAUGGUAUUCUCUUUUUGUGAUACUGAUACUUUUAAUUCCUAUAAACACUGAUUCAACAUUAUGACCAACCAGUCUGCCCCUUUCAAUGUGGAAACAGUCUGAAGAUGCCCACUCUAAAGACCAUUUCCCCCUUAGUGGUCUUAAUAUCCUUUAAUUUAUAUUUGAUAUGUUUUUUUUGUUUGUUUUUGUUUUUUUUUGCCUGUGCCCCCUAAAAAAGUUAGUUGACUUUGCCCUUGAAUGGGGUCCUGUGUUUUUAUUUAUAAUUUGAUUAAGUAGUUUGGUCAGCAUAAGGGGUUGGCUAUCGAGCUCCAGUGUACAGGCCCUGGAUCAAAUCAAAUGUCUUUCAUUCUAAGUGGGUCUGUCUGUUGAGGGAGGGUGGCCCCAAGUGCCACUUGUAUGCCACUAAGGUAUGUUUUUAUUUGCAAGGUUUUUUUCUUUAUUAGCUAGUUCGCCCAGCAUAACUGUCUGCUAUCGAGCUCCAGUAAUCAGACCCCGAAUAAAAAUCUGUCAGUUCA